AUGUCGCUGAUACCGGCGCGCAAUGGCGCAAAUGCACCGCCAACUCGUGCCGCCGAUCUGGUCUCCGACAAGCAGUUCCGGACAUCCACCAAAGGAAAGGUCCCCACUGGGUACGCUGAGGAGAUUGCCAUAUCCGAGCAGAGCUUCCGCAGCCUACAUCGGGAUGUGCAGAGUCAGCAGUCGGCUGGAAAGAAGCGCAAGCGGGAGCUGAAGGGCGAUAGCGGGACUGUGUAUGGUGCAGGCGCAUACAAAGGACCGUGGGCCAAAUACGAAGAGCGGCGUAUCGACAGCGACAGCGGCGAGGAGAUGGAGGUGGAGGUGUCGGGAGAUGAGAGCGGCGAGGAGGUGGUCGUGUACGAGGAGGACGCUUUAAUGCCUGUGCCGGCCAAGGGAAGCCUCGCUGGCACCGACUACGAUGCUGCAUCCGCGGAUAAGGAAACGUCGACCUUUGAAGGUGCCGAAGAACACGACUAUCAGGGCCGCACAUAUAUGCAUGUACCACAAGACUUGGACGUGGACCUCACUGCCGACUUUGAAAACCUCGACCUAAAGUGCUACCACCCCAAGAAGCUCAUUCACACCUACAAGUCCGCGAACAACAAGCCUGCGCAUGAAAAGGCUCUCACGGCACUCAAGUUCUUUCCGGAAUCUGGUCACCUGCUUCUCAGUGCUGCCGCAGAUGGUAAAGUCAAACUUUGGGAUGCCUUUCAUGCUCGUGAGCUCUUGCGCUCUUACUCUGGACAUACCAAGUCUGUCGUGGAUGUGGACUUUUCCCCGGAUGGAACGAAAUUCAUAACAGCGUCCUACGAUCGUCAAAUGAAAGUGUGGGAUACGGAAACUGGAGCAUGUACAGGCCGAUUCAGCACCGGUUCAACGCCGCACGUUGUGCGAUGGCAACCCGAUGAUCCGAGCGGACAGGAGUUCCUCGCGGGCAUGCACAACAACAAAAUCGUGCAAUUCGACACUCGCUUGCCACCGGACGGCGAAAAGAAGAAUCCUGUGCAAGAGUACGACCAUCAUCUGGGACCUGUCAAUACCAUCACGUUCACGGAUCAAAAUCGCCGCUUCAUUACAACAUCAGACGACAAAUCACUCCGCGCGUGGGAGUACAACAUCCCCGUGCCGAUCAAAUUCAUUGCAGAACCCUACAUGUUCCCCAUGGUCAAAUCCGCCUCGCAUCCUAGCAAAUCAUCGGUUCUCAUGCAGAGCUCAGACAACACAAUCAAAGUGUACAACACUGGUGAGAAGAUCCGACAGAACAGAAAGAAGGAGUUCCGAGGUCACAACAAUGCCGGCUAUGCUAUCGACGUCGAUGUCAGCCCUGACGGAGGGAUUGUGUGCAGUGGUGACAGCGGCGGCUUCGUAUGUUUCUGGGAUUGGAAGAGCUGCAAAAUGUGGCACAAGAUCAAGGCAAGUGAUGCGGCAGUCAUCAGCGUAGCAUGGCAUCCCAGAGAGAGCUCCAAAGUCGUCACAGGAGAUCUCAACGGUGUCAUCAAGUACUGGGACUAG